AUGAUCGAAUUGGAGAUCGACUGCAGUUUCCCCAUCCACACCGCCCCAGACCGCGGCCCCGCGAAGCUUUUCCCCGAUGAUCUUGCCAGACACCUGACUGUCUCGCAGUAUCAGACUCAACAUCAUUACGCCAAAGGACUAGCUAUGGUCUUGUGGCUUUGUCAUCCCGCCACUGAGUCCUGA